AACUCUCCCACACUCCAUUCUCUGAGAUCUGCGACCUCCCCAUCUCCCCCAACUCCGGCGAUCGCCGGAGUUCCCCGCGACGGCGGCGCGAUGGACCUCCUCAUCGCGCAGAUCAACACCGACCUCCGCUCGUCGGACGCGCUGCGGCAGUCGUCCGCGCUCCUGCAGGCGCUGCAGCAGUGCGCCGCCGGCCGCGACGUCUCCGCGCUCGCCCGCACCGUCGCCACCGAGAUCCUGUCGGCGCCCUCCUCCGCCGUGUGCAAGCGCCUCGCGCUCGACCUCCUGCGCGCGCUGCCGCUGCCCCCCGACCUCCUCGACCCGCUCCUCCUCUCCUCCCUCCGCUCCGACCUCUCCUUCCCCGACCCCGACGUCGCCGCCUCCUCCAUUGCCUCGUUCCCCUCGCUCCCUUCCCACCUUCUCCCCUCCCUCCUCUCCUCCGCCCACGCCGACAUCGCCGCCGCUCUCUCGUCGUCCGCCGAGUCACUCCGUCUCGCCGCCGUCACCUCGUUAUCCUCUCUCCUCCCGCGUGAUGACCUCGCGCUCAUGUGCUCCACUAAUCCCUCGCUCAUGGGGCACGCUACCACUUGGUGGGGGCGGCUGGCGGAGCUUGCAUUGGACCCUGCGGAUGCUGUGGCUGCCACAGCGUUUGAGGCGCUUGCUCGGCUCUUCCAGGAGCUGGAUGCCCGGCGGAUGAGCCGGCUUGCCGGGGACAAGCUUGUUGAUGGAGAGGGCGCGCUUGCCGUGCGUGCUCAGUGGGCAGCUGAAGCCAUCAAUUUCAUUUGGUCCCGGCGAAACAUGCUCAUUGCACGCUCCAUGGUUAUGCCAGUAGAGCGCUUCCGGGUCACCGUGUACCCUAUUGUGCACGCAGCGAAAAUGGUUGCUUCUGGCAUGGUGAACACAUUGCGGCAGAUUGCCAAGCCAGGGGACACUACAAUAGAUGACAGUGUGGAGUCGAGCGCGGAGAAGCUGGUUGGGGUGUCGGAUAUCAUCUCGCACUUGCUGCCUUUCCUCAGCUCACUGGAUCCACCAUUGGUUUUCGAGGUGGGGAUAAAUAUGUUGGCACUUGCAGAUGUGCCUGGAGGCAAGCCGGAGUGGGCUUCAGCUGCCACUACUGCAAUUUUGACACUUUGGGACCGGCAAGAGUUCUCAUCGAUGAGGGAAACCAUUGUCAGAGCCGUCGUGACUAAUCUCCAUUUACUCGAUCUUGGAAUGCAGGUGUCUCUGUUCAAAAGGCUGCUUCAAAUGGUGAGGAAUUUGAGAGCAGAAUCAGAUCGUAUGCAUGCAUUGGCAUGUAUUUGUCGGACUGCUCUUUGUGUUGAUCUUUUUGCAAAAGAGAGUGUUAGAAGAGGUCAGAAGCCUGUUCCAGGAACAGAUGUGAUCUCACUAUUUGAGGAUGCAAAUGUGAAGGGUGAUCUAAACAGCAUAACGAGCAAGAGCUUGUUCAGAGAGGAGCUAGUCGCUUCCCUAGUCGAAAGUUGUUUCCAGCUAUCACUCCCCCUACCUGAGCAGAAGAAUUCUGGCACAGAGAGCAGAGUUAUAGGAGCAUUAGCUUAUGGAACUGGAUAUGGUGCAUUGAAUUGGACAGAACCUGCUUUGGAUGUGGUGGAAGUUUGCAGGCCUUGUGUUCUUUGGGACUGUGGUGGGCGUACCUAUGCAAUUGAUUGCUAUCUGAAGUUGCUUGUACGGCUUUGCCAUAUAUAUGAUACUAGAGGUGGUGUAAAGACAAUCAAAGCUGGUGCAUCUCAAGAUCAGAUUCUAAAUGAGACAAGGCUUAGAAAUUUGCAGCUACAGCUUAUCAAGGAUCUUCGUGAGGUUCAUACACCAAGAAUUUCAGGACGAUUGAUAUGGGCAAUUUCUGAACAUUUUGAUCUUGAAGGUCUGGAUCCUCUUUUAGCUGAUGACCCAGAGGAUCCAUUGAAUAUCAUCAUAUCUAACAUGCAUAAGAUUCUAUUCAAGAUCGAUUCAUCUACAACUACCUCAAGUAGGAUACAAGAUGUGCAGUCUGUCCUCAUAUGCGCUCAACGUUUGGGAUCGAGAAAUGCAAGAGCAGGCCAGCUCCUCACUAAAGAAUUGGAGGAGUUCAGGGCAAGUACUUCAGCUGAUUCUGUCACCAAGCAUCAGUCGCGUUAUGUCUUGCAAAUAAUAAAAUAUCUAACGAACCAUCCUGAUAACAGGUGGGUUGGUGUAGGUGAUGCUACAGGGGAUUAUCCAUUUAGCCACCACAAACUUACUGUUCAGUUUUUAGAGGCAUCUGCAGCACAAGAUAGGAAAUUGGAAGGAUUAGUUCACAAGGCCAUCGAAGAGCUUUGGAGGCCAAAUCCCACUCAGUUGACUCUCCUACAAAUGAAGGGGAUUGGUGCUUUGCACAAAGAGCUUCCAAAAACACUUUCUUUGACUGGCAGCAGUGAUCCAUGCUAUAUUGAGGCAUAUCAUCUGGCAGAUCCAACUGAUGGGAGAAUCACCUUACAUCUAAAGAUUUUAAAUUUGACUGAGCUGGAACUCCACAGGGUUGAUAUCAGAGUUGGUCUCUCUGGAGCACUGUAUUAUAUGGAUGGAUUCUCCCGCACAGUUCGGCACCUACGUAAUCUUGUUUCCCAGGAUCCAGUCCAAAGUAGUGUAACUGUUGGAGUUUCGCACUUUGAGAGAUGCUCCCUCUGGGUUCAAGUCUUGUAUUACCCAUUUUAUGGAAGUGGAGGGUCUGCAGACUAUGAAGGAGAUUAUGCAGAGGAGGACUCACAAACAGUUAGGCAGAAACGCUCACUUAGGCCGGAGCUUGGUGAGCCAGUUGUUUUGCGGUGCCAGCCCUACAAGAUCCCCCUUGCUGAACUUCUCUUGCCAUAUGAGUGCUCCCCAGUUGAGUAUUUCCGGCUAUGGCCAAGCUUGCCAGCCAUGGUGGAGUGCACUGGCACAUACACAUAUGAAGGUAGUGGUUUCAAGGCCACUGCUGCUCAGCAGUACGACAGCUCUCCUUUCCUCAGUGGGUUGAAGUCGAUUUCUUCUAAGCCCUUCCAUCAAGUCUGCUCUCAUUUCAUCCGAACAGUAGCCGGGUUCCAGUUAUGUUAUGCCGCGAAGACAUGGUUUGGUGGGUUUGUGGGCAUGAUGAUCUUUGGCGCAAGCGAGGUCAGCCGGAAUGUUGAUCUUGGCGAUGACACGGCCACAAUGAUCUGCAAAUUCGUCGUGCGUGCCUCCGAUGAAUCCAUCACAAGAGAGAUCCAAUCAGACCUCCAGGGCUGGCUGGAUGACAUCACCGACGGCGCCGUGGAAUACAUGCCGGAGGAAGAGGUGAAGAGCGCGGCGGCUGAGCGGCUGAAGGUUUCCAUGGAGAGAAUAGCCCUGCUCAAGGCGGCCAAGCCGAAGGUGCCACCGGCGAAAACCAAGGAAGAAGAGGAAGAGGAGAAGAAGGAGCAAGAGGACCUGGACGAGUUUGGGAACCCCAAGGGCCCCUCGACGCUUUCCAAGCUGACGGCGGAGGAGGCCGAGCACCGUGCGCUCCAGGCCGCCGUGCUGCAGGAGUGGCACCAGCUGUGCAAGGAGAAAGCCUUGAAAGCACAGUGAGGCUUUUGGUUUUAUGUUGUGAUUUUGAGUGCCAUUUUUGUUCUUUUAACCCCCAUUUUGUGUAUGUAUUAGCCCUGCUGAUUAAUUUCACUCCAUGUACUACUGCCGAUUUGUUCAUUGUAUUCAUUGUUCACAGAUAACAUUUGUAACAUAGAUCCAAGCUUUGGUGUGAAAAUACAUUUUUUUCCCCGGUGACCA